AUGUAUAAGAGAUCGACUGCAGGCUGGGUUCCAAUUGCUUUACUCUGUAUAGCACUGUCAGCUCUACUUUUCGGGACCUCUACUAUUGCUCAACCUACGACAUUGACGGCAAGAUCAGCUGGUGAAGGUGUAAGCAAAAGGCACUGGUGGUGGCCUUUCGGAGGAGUCCACAUCUCUGGUAUCGAUGGUUCUGGAGGCCAAGGUUCUGUAGAUGUGGGGUCUGAUGGCAGUACCGAUAUUGAAGGCAGUCUCGGUGGUGGACAGUCGUCCAUGAAGACAAAGAGACACUUCUGGGGCCACCCCUUCAAUCACGGCCCUGUCCAUGUAUCCGGCAAUGUUGGUGGAGGGCAAGGCUCAGUAGAUGUCGGCUCUGACGGCACAACUGAUGUGCAAGGUAGCCUGGACAAACGAGAUGACUCAGCCGAGGUCACUGAUGAAGACUAUCUCAACGAAUAUGACGACUACUACGAUGAAGACGAUGCUGGUGACUUCGAAGACGAGGAUGAUGUCGAUUCAAGCCUCCAGCGUCGCCAAGAGCCGAGUGGUACAAGAAGGCAGCGUCCGCAGGCGGGUCCUGGACAGCAGCAAGGACGCCCCUAUUCUGGCGCCGGCCGCCAAAAUCAGCAACACAAAGCUGCAGCCAAUGAAAAUCCCAAUACCAACAACCAAGACUCCAUCCAUACCGCAGCAGCAGUCCACCCGGUUCCAACCGCCGUAGGUCCAGCCGGAAGUAAAGUUACCGCAGCUGGGGGACCUGGCUCAAAGGACCCUCAAAGCAUCCACACAGCCCAAGCUGAGCAACCUCAAAGUAUCCACACAGCUCAAGCUGAGCAGCCUCAAAGCAUCCACACAGCCCAAGCCCAGCAGCCCCAACAAUCCUCUCAGGCAAAGCGAGCUCUCCCCUCCCCCGAAGAACCUCUCGAUGCUUUCCACGCCAUCGACGACGUCGAUAGCCUCGAGCAAGAUGCACGAAGUCUCCGUCGCCGCCAGUCAGUCGCGGAUGAGUGUUCUAGGCAGGUAUCCGAUCCUGCUGUCCGAAGUCUUCGACGUCGACAAGCCCCGCCCCAGGCCCCUCAAUAUGCCACCGGUAGGGUAGGACAGGCGGGUGGGAAUGCUGGGGCUAGUCCAGCUCCUGGGAAAUCACCUGCGGGCAAUUCGGCUAGUGGGCCCAAGGAGCAUCCGAUCAAUGGCGGUGGUAGUGAUAGGAAGAAAUCUGGAAGCAGUGAAGGGUAUCACGCGGUGAAUGAGGGCGCCGCUAACCAUUAUGCUGGCAGGGAAGGAGGUGGGAGGGUAGGUGAGAGUGGUAUCUAG